AGAAGAAGAAGAAGAAGAAGAUGCCAAAGGGGGGGUCAACAUGGCGGCCUUGUGUAAGGUGCUUUCCAGCUUAAGAUUUAGAGUCCGGCACAGCUACUGUCGCCAUAUCAGAACCCCGUCAGGCUCUGAAGCCAGCGGCGGUUCCGUCAGUAACCAGUCCGCUCCGAAAAAGCCCAGAUCUGGCUUUGCUGCUGCCUUCGAGUUGCAGUCGGAGCUCCAGAGGGAGGCGAAAGGCCCCGCGGACAGAACGAGAGGUUCCGUGUCUGGCCAAGAGGAAAGCUUCGCUUCGCUGCUGCGCCGGUCCCCGCUGAUCCAAUUGGGACCGGCCAAAGACAAGGUAGUGGUCGGGACGGUCUUCCACGUGGUCCGGGACGACCUGUACAUCGACUUCGGCGGGAAAUUCCACUGUGUUUGCCCGCGCCCGAUGGCGGCGGACGGAAAGAGGCUGCAGCGGGGAAGCAGGGUCCGUCUGCGGCUGCAGGACCUGGAACUUACCGCCCGGUUCCUGGGAGCCCACACAGACACGACGUUGCUGGAAGCCCAGGCGGUACUGCUAGGCCCGCUGGAGGGACGGGACAUGGACCGUCAGUAAAACCUGUGGUUUGUAAAGGAAGUCUGGCGUCGGCGCAACCAAGACUGAGGGAAUGAACCGGAACCCGAGUUUAACGAUAAGUUAAACGUUGUUUGGAAAAGUGAUGCUGAAAUAAUAAAAAAUCAUGUAAUCUUC